GUAACAUGCUUUCACCCUAACUUCAAAAUCAAUAAUAGACCUUGUGCAUAAUGAUGUCACAAGCUGUGAUGCCUGCACGGAAUUCUGGUUUUAGUAGUCAACACAGCAGGAAACAUCAAACAUUCAAAACUAUGAAUGACACUAAGUCUAGAAUUUUCAGCAGGCAUAACGCCUUGUGACGUCAUUCUGCAUAAGGUCUAUUACGGUACAUGAACUGGCAGUUGUACCCUUUCUGGGAUGAACUACAUAUCAUACAAAAAUAAUGCAUUCUUCUAUAUCUCCAAGUUUCUUCUUCUGGUUCUUGGAAUGAACAACGCAAUAUCUGAUUAUGCAUGCAUUUACUGCUUGGUCCACAAAAAUGAAAGGUACAAGCAAAAUUUAGUUCAAUACAUGUAUCUUAAUUUUAAAUUACCAUACCGUACCAGUAUUUGCAAAUUUUAUAAAUCUUUAUCUGUAUAUGCAUUGAAACAUAGAUUCAAUGCACUCUGAUGCAAUCUACUUUGUUAUUUAUUAUUUACUAAUGGGUUGAAAGCAUCUUUGCUGAUGCAGGUGGGAUACAUCAAAAGUAGAGGAUUACUACCAUAAUAGUAAGAAUACAAGAACACUUAGUAGCAACAGAACCAUGGCCUGCAAGUCCUCAUCGAACUAUGGUUGCAUCAGAAAGCCAUUGCUCAGUAUCCCAAUUCAGAAUGUCAGAAUCGACGAACUUCAUUUGCUUCUCAGGAUAACUGAUAUUUUAGAACGUAACAUAAUAAACGAUGCAAUUGAGCGUGAUGUUGAAGAGAACCUUAAUAGAGCACCAUCAGACAGGGAAAAUAAACACCUACAAAAUGUUGUUGAAGCCAUCAAUAACUGUGGUGUAAGCUUUAGUGUAUGGAAAAAGAAGAACGCCGAUGGGACUGACAGUGGAAUGCAUGACUGGACAAGCAUGGUUGGCAAUGAGAAGAAAAAAGUUCUUGCAAAGCUGCCUGCACAGUUCCCAAACAUUCUCGAACCAAACCAUUGUGAUACAAUUACAGAAAUAUGGCAGGAAUUUCGUGAACUAUAUGGAAUACUAUCAUCAUGGAAGCCUUCUGAGGCAGAUAUAGAUGGAUUUUUUGGGAAGGCCAAGAACUGGGUAGAGCUAUUCCUGUCUCUUGGUGGAAAAGUGAUGGGCUAUGAAAAGGCUAGAAUAACACCAUAUAUACACAUAUUGCUUUAUCAUGUACCCAGAUUCAUCAAAGAUGAAAAAUCUUUGAAAUCAUUUACUGGGCAAGGAAUUGAAAAGAUUAAUGAUGUGGUUCGGGCAAUUUAUCAUAACAAAAGCAACCGGCAUGAUGCUUGCAAAGAGGCAAUACUGGCGCUUCGAAGAAUUGAUAAUCUUCAGAAUUUUGAACGAAUCCCACACCAAUACAAGAAACAAGACAAUACCUAUUGGUCAAAUGAAAUAUUUGAGCAGAGAAGAAAAAAACCGCGUCUUUGUGUAGAUCCAAGAGAAGACGAGAACGAUCAAGAUCAAUUAACCCCACAGGAUGUAGACAGCAUGAGUUUAUGUGAAGUGAAAGAAAAACUAAAAGAAAUGAAAAUAAAAACAAAACUACGAAAGCUUGACAAAUUGAAGGAACUUUUAAAAAGCACCAUUUUGGGUGCUGCAUGCACCUAAGUACAAGUACAAGUGUACAACUAUAUUUUAAAGUGUCUCGGCACUACAUGCUCGUCUUGAGAAAUGAAUUUUAGCUUUCUCAAUGGGCAUUCUCUUUGCUUGA